AUGGAUUGCAAUGGAAGUAUUUUAGUUAUUCAAAUCAAUUGUUUUGCAUGUGGAGGAAUCAUAAUAAGUGUUUGUGCAUGUCACAAAAUUGUAGACGCUGCAACGGCUUUCAACUUCAUGAAUGAUUGGGCCAAAUUGAAUAGCGAAGGAGAAUCGAACUCAAAGUCGACGUUAUCAUUACCCUACAAUUUACUUUAUGCAGGAGAUACAAUAUUCUCACAAGGGAGUUUGCCUAAUUUCCCAGAAUGUGAGUUUGUAAUAGACAAAACAAUAGUGUCCAAAAGAUUUGUGUUUGAAGCUUCUAAGGUAAAGUUACUUAAGUCCAUGAUGGUAAAUUCGGAUUCAAAUGAGGUGAAAAAUCCCACACGUGUAGAAGUUGUGACUGCAAUGAUUUACAAGUGUGUGGUUUCUGCAUUGGAAUUAAAUUUCAAAACGACAUCGCUUCGCAUGGCUGUGGAUCUUCGUAGAAGAAUGGUUCCUCCAUUGUCUGAUAAGUCUGUAGGAAACAUAGUAUGGUUCUUGUUUCUUAUCAACCCGGAACUACAUGACUUGGUAUUCAAAAUUAGACAAGGGUUGCAUGAAUUUUGUGAGGUUUAUCCAAAGAAAUUCGGAGGUAAAGAAAAGGACUUGUCAUUUAUAUUUGAAUGCUUAAAACAAGUUACUACACCGGUUUCGGAGAGUGAUUAUAAUCAGAGUUUGAUUGUUUAUGCUAGUUGGUGUAAGUUUCCGAUGUAUGAAGCUGAUUUUGGAUGGGGAAAACCGAUAUGGGUGACAACUAGUACUUGUCCUGUGAAGAAUGCAAUAGUUUUGAUGGAUACAAGAAAUGGAGAUGGAAUUGAAGCGAUUGUGAAUAUGAAAGAGAGUGACAUGGUUAGAUUUGAACGAGAAGUGGAGCUCCUUCAAUAUGCCUCUCUUAAUCCGAGUAUUGUUUGA